CUUCCGAAAUGUUUUUGGUCGAUUUGAUAGUAAAUAGUAAUUAUUUGAAUUAAAAAAUUGCAUAAAAAUGGCUACAAGUAGCCGCAAAGGUCCCAUAGUGGACCCUGGCCUGUGCAGAUGCUGCGGAGCCCUGAAGAAAUGCCGCCUUUUGAAUGUAGAAUACGAGUUUCUUGGGCAAAGGGAGAUCUAUUCAGAAAUGUUCGUGGAUUGUUUUGGUUUGGUUUUGUCUCACCUGGAGGGCGCGGAGUCGGAGCGGCUGAUCUGCGCGACGUGCGUGGUGCGGCUGCGCGACGCUCGCGCCUUCCGCCGACAGGUGCUGCACUGCGAGGAGAAACUACUUAAUGCUAACAUACAGGUCCAUGAAGAUGGUGAAUUAAAGGAUGAUCCUGAAGUGAAAGUGAAAAUUGAGGAGUAUACUCCGAUGGAUGAGCCCGCACCAGCUGAUGUGGAUGACAUGCAUGUAGAGAUGGAUGAUGAUGGAGCCCACCAGGAUAAUGACAUAGACAGUGUAAAAAGCGAAUCGCCAAAACCAGUGAAGAAAUCGCCUAAAAAGAAAAAGGCUAAAACUAAAUCAAAAACUACUAAACGCAAGAAGAAAAUAAAUGGAGAAACGGUUAAAGAGAAGAUUAGCAAAAGACAAACCAGACAAACUGUUGAGGAGUUUAUAGAACCAGUCUACCCACUCCCAGAAACGCCGAAAAAACAUAUCGAUACCGAACAGAAAUCUUUCGCCAACACUAUCGUUAUAGUCGAGAAUUCAUACGUUUGUCCAUUCGAUACUUCCUUUAGCGAUUACUACUGUAUAUACUGCCGAGAAGUCUUUACAGACCCGAACAAACUUAGAGAACACACAUUAACCCACGACCCUAGUAAAUUUAAAGAUUGCAUCGCAAAUAAAAAGUUGUUAUUAGUCGAUAUUUUCAGAAUCGAUUGCCGACUCUGCACUUUAUCAAUUACCGAUAUCGAUACUUUAAAAAAUCACCUCACUAUCACACAUGGGAAAGUUCUACAUGAAACGUCAAAUGAUUUCCUAAAAUUCCGUUUAACAGUCAACAAUUUGACUUGCACUGAAUGUAAAAGUAGUUUCAGUUUUUUUCAUGCUUUAAAAAAACAUAUGGCCGAACACUUUGGUACUUGUAUCUGUGAUAUAUGUGGGGCACAUUAUUUCGAAGAAAGAAUGCUAAUUUUACAUCAAAAAACUCAUCAGAAAGUCGAAGAAAGUUUCCCUUGUAAAGACUGUGGGAAAGUAUUUAAGUCUAAGCAUAGUAGGUAUUUACAUGAGUCUAAAUUACAUAAGAAGGAACCAGCUUACCAGUGUUACAAGUGCGAUGAAGUGCUAUUCUCGUAUUCUUUAAGGUAUAGACAUAUGAUAGAAGUCCAUGGAGAACAGAGAAUGUUUCCCUGCGAACAUUGCGAUAGGGCUUAUGACAGUCGAAAAUCAUUGCGAGAACAUAACAGAAGAUACCAUUUAAAAAUAUUUAAACACCAAUGUGAUUUAUGCGAUAAAAGAUUUUAUCUACCAUCUCGGUUGAAAGAACAUAUGGCAACACAUACCGGGGAAAGAAAUUUUCGCUGUGAAUUCUGUGGGAAAAGUUACCCACGUUUAAGAGGCUUGAAAGUUCACAUGCAGUCUCAUAGUAAUGAGAAGAAAUUUCGAUGUGUGCUCUGUAAUGCGUCUUUUACUCAAAAUGUUAAUUUGAAAAAUCAUAUGAAACGGCAACACCAGAGUUUGGAAAUGGAAGAAUUUGCUGAAUGAUUCUUUUGUGUGGCAACACUAUAGUUGGCUAAAUUAUUAAUAUUAUGAAAAUCUCACUUAUAUGUAGAUAGUAGAUCUAAGAUUAAAUAAAGUAAAUUAUUUUCAAAAAGUGACAAAAUUAUACUUCCAUACUUAAUAUUAUAAAGAGGAAUCAAUAUUUGUUUGCACCCAAAAAGCUCCGAAACAAUUGAAUCGAUUUGAAAAAUUAUUUCACUGUUGGAAAGCUACAUUCUUCCCGAAUAACAUAGGCUAUAUUUUAUCCCGGUUCGAGCAGUUGUCCCCACGGGACGCGGGUGAAACCGCGAGGAAAAAACAGUCGUAAAUAUAUUAUUAUUAUAUGAGAAACUUUCAAUUGAAUCUCGACAAGUUCACCAUAGAAUUUAAAUAUAUUUUUUCUCAGCUCCACGCCAAAAUUCGUGUAUUAGGAAAAUUAAUUUUGAUUUAAUUUUCCUUUCGAAAUCAAAAAAGCAAUAUAGUAAGGCCUAACAAGUAUCCUAUCUCUAAAUAAUAAUUAAAAUGACCUAAACCGUGUAAAUAGUCGUAGAAUUAAGAUUAAAAUAUUGAAAAAAUAAAUCUCAAGCAAUUAAUUGUUUUGCAUUAUUUAACUACAAAGAUAACCAAGCCAUAACCAGCCGUAUACUUGCCGCGCAUUGCUCACAUCGGCGAUUUGACUACUGAAAAUGGUUCGGUUAUCGUUAUAGUUAAAUGUUGCAACUGACUUACUAUGCAUAUUUGUAUUAUGUAAGUAGUGAUGAUCAAUUAGUUUUUUCAUUAUGUCCACCAAUUUAUUUCUUUUAAUUUAUUAUUAUUUUAUUUUGUAAAUAUCACUGUACUAAGAUACAACACGAUUUUCAAUAUCAGCAUGAAGUGAAAAAUGCAUUUAUUUAUUUUUUAAAUACACAAAAUCUGAUAUGUUUACUGUAUACUUAUUUAUUUUCUAUACUCAAUUGUAUAAAGUAUAUUUUAUGAAUAUUAAAUGCCCAACUU